CCUCAUUCCAUCCCAUAUUCUAUCAUGACCAUCUUACAUUGACCAUACAUCCUCACUCGACACAUCUCAACAGUGUCAUCCCUCGGCUGGCUUAGCUGCCGACUACCGAGAUCGACUUUCGUCAUGUCAGCUACGACCAUGAGGGCAGCACCACCUCCUCCUCUUGUGCUCCACCCGACUCAUCAUGAUGGUAGUGGGAUCGCCGCCGCCGCGGUCACCUCCACCAAUGUAGUAGAUCCCAGUCCAUCACGUUCACCUUUGCGCACAACCAGAUCCUCUGGACUCCCAGGUUCACCCAGCACGCCUCAGACUCCUAGGACGCCAAAGACUCCCACUGCUCCUGCGAAUGCCAUCGCUGCUGAUGGCAGCCCGGCGUACUCACCAAAGACGUCGGCGAGAUUGAGAGAGAAGCAAGCUGCUAGAGCGGCCAGUGCUACUGCUGUUGCAACUGAGCAACAGGAACCAGUUGCAGGAUCAUCUAAAUCCAAGGCGCCAGCCUCACCAGCGAUUCCAUCACCAGAGAAGGAGAAGUAUAUCCAGCCUUCAGAGUUCUAUCCACUCAAUAACAAUUCGAAUACUUCGGCGUCACGGACAGCUGAAAGUGCGACAGCCCUCAACCGCUCAGCGGAUCUCUCUCCGGAAGACGACAAGCUUGCAACGAGAGGCAUACCCAUAUUCAGACCGACCCUUGAGGAAUUCAAGGACUUUGAGGCCUAUGUUACCAAGACAGUACCAUGGGGUCAGUACUCCGGCAUCGUCAAGAUUGUGCCGCCUGCCGAAUGGAAAGAUUCCCUUCCUCCCAUUCCCUCCAGAGCCCUUGCCGAUGUUCGGAUCAAGAAUCCAAUCCAGCAAAAUAUGCUCGGGCGGUCGGGUUUAUUCAGGCAGACGAACGUGGAGAAGAAUAAGAAUCGACCACUGACGAUCCAAGAAUGGUUUGAGAAAUGUAACCAAGGGAAAUUUGCUGGACCUGGACCAAAAGAUUUCGAUAGGACCUUGGAUAGAGAUUCAGCAGCAGCAAAGAAGGCUAGAGAAGAAGCAGCAGCGGAGAUCAGAAGAAAGAGGGAACUGGCAAAAGAGAAGAGAACAGCCGCUGCGAAGCGAAAGGCGGAGAAGCUGGAGCAGAGGGAAAUGACGGACGACGAGAGGGAAGAAAGCGCUUUCAAUGGAGAUUUCGAGAUGAACCGCUUGACUCCUCAGCGUCGACAAGAUUCUGUCCCUCCACUUGAACAUUCUCGACAUUCUUCACACUCUUCCCCUGAUCCCAUCGCCAAGACGCCAGAGACCAUAUCCGAGUCUCAGUCUGAGGGCGUACCUCCGUGGUACGAGAACUUUCAUCCUGAUUCCGACUGGCUACCGAAAGAGACCCGAUCGGAAGAUUACACACCUGAGGCUUGCGCAUCUCUUGAGAGGCGGUUCUGGAAGAACAUGGGACUUGGAGAGCCGAGCUGGUAUGGAGCAGAUCUCCAAGGCACUCUUUUCCCGGACCCCAAGACCCCUUGGAACGUAGCUCAUCUGCCCAAUCUCCUCAACCGUUUAGGUCGGGAGCUACCAGGAGUCAACCGACCAUAUCUUUACUUUGGCAUGUGGCGAGCGGCAUUCGCUUGGCAUGUGGAAGAUAUGGACCUGUUCUCCAUAAAUUACAUCCAUUUCGGCGCACCCAAGUUUUGGUACGCUAUCCCUCAGGGUCACGCAGAGCACUUUGAGCGAACUAUUGGGGGAUACUUCCCUCAAGAAGCCGCUGAAUGCGAUCAAUUUCUUCGCCACAAAUCCUAUAUCAUGUCACCUACUCGUCUCGCCCAGGACGGUAUCCGAGUCAACAUGAUGGUCCAUAAUCAGGGCGAAUUCGUCAUUACGUUUCCCCGCGGUUAUCAUGCUGGAUUUAAUCUGGGUUUCAACUGCGCUGAGAGCGUCAACUUUGCCUUGGAGAGCUGGGUGGAUCUCGGACGAAGGGCGAAAGUGUGCCAAUGUGUCAGCCACAGUGUCCGGAUCGAUAUGGACGAGCUGCUGGGACAGCAGAAGAGUCGAAUGCAGACGGAGCAAGAGCUCAUCCGGGCAUUCGAGGAAGAAAAGACAGAGCAGGGCACGAAGCGAAGCUAUAAGAAACGCUCGCGGCCCUCCAUUGCUGAAGAGGAGGAUGGAACACCUGCAGCGCCAGAUUUCCCGGUGAACGGCAUGGCAGAGAAGAAGCCGGUAAUUCCUUUGCAGAAAAAACCUCGGGCAUCAGUCGUCUCCUCACCAACGUACUAUCCCUGUAUCCUCUGUCCUGGGACCGACAAAGUGGAUCUGAUACCUGUGUUUGAGCCCUCGGAGCAUGUCAAGAAUAUGUGCAAAUCCGAGGACGGCAGUGUCAAAGCGCAUGGAGCAUGUGUCAAUUCCACUCCGGAGGUUUGGAUCGAGGAUCACGAGCUUGACGGUCACGCGCAAGCUGUCGUUAUGGGUGUCGAUGGGAUUCUGAAGGAUAGGUGGAAUCUAAAAUGUCAGAGCUGCAAAGACAAGAAACUGGCGCAGACAGGAGCCAAGAUUCAAUGUGUCAACGGCAAAUGUCCCAAGGCGUUCCAUGUCACCUGUGCCAGGGAUGAUGAGCAAGUUGUUUACAGGGUAUGGGAAGUCGAAGAGUCAGUACCGAUCCCGAUCCCGGAGAAUGCGCCCCCAGGAACGCAACACGAGUUCUUUAAACGCAAAAGCCUGAGAACUGAGGUUUUAUGCCCGAGUCACAACCCAGACGUCAAAGAAGCCAAGAAGCGCGCGCAGGCCGAGCAGCUCAAGCAAAAGAUACUCAAGCUGAUACCUGGUCAAGCAAUCAAGGUCAAGACACCGGCCGGCCUGUUUGAAGUGAAAUUUCUGCAUGCUCACGAGCACGAUCGGACCGCCGAUGUUCAGCACGAGACCGGCCAAGUUCACCGAGUCAAGUGGCUUGACUUUGAUUUCCGUCCGGGUCCUGUGCCACUUGCGGAGAAUGAGUAUGCGCGCCACCAUACGCAUACUCGCCGAUCUCAUGAUGGUGGGGUCGUGCCGCAGCGUCCACCGACGAUCCGCAGCGCGGCUCCAGCCGCCAGUCAGAACGGCGCGACACCCACACAAGGACCUCGCCCGCCUAUCACAACAUCAGUCGCUCCCAACAACGAACAUCAGGCUCAAAUAGCCAUUCCAACGACUAACAUGCCCCUGGAUUAUAGGCCUCUCGCCGGACCGUCAAGUGUCCAGCGUCCUGGCUGUGGGAUGCUCGUUGAUCCGAAAUCACGGAGAUCGUUGGGUCCGACUCCUGUUGUCCCAGAACGACCCAGUCCGCUAUCCGUGCAGCAGAUGCUCAAUGAGCCUAUCAAUUAUCACGACCCUCGUCAGAUCCCAUCCCGCGUUGUGAUCUGCGAUUCAGAUUACAUGAGUCCACCGGCUCCUCUACCAUAUCAUAACGGCAUGAGCCAGUCCAUGACGACUCAUCCAUAUGGAGCCAUUUCGGCCCCACAGACUGCUUAUGGCUACACUGCAGCGUAUAUGGGCAUCACCAUGCCCUCUGCUCCUCGAUAUCCCCCUGGAUACAUGGCUCAAGCUGUAGAUUACGCUUCUGCUCCACGGAUUUCGCCACCGGUCCACGGGUAUAGUCAGCGUCCAACUAUACCCACGGCUCCCGUCGGACAACCGCCCGCCUUCCGGCACUACUCAACAGGUCGAUCGCAACCAAACAAUAAUUCACUUGCUAGCGGAUCGUCCUUGAACACGGCACCGAGAUUGACCCCCGCCGCUGCCCCUCGGCCAGCUGAAAUUCAGGGCAAAUCAUCCAAGAUCGAUUUAGGUCUCGAGCGCAUCCGGGGAUUGAUGUCAAAUUUGUCCCCGAUCAAGACACCUGCAAUCCAUCUUGCCGGUACGAACGGCAAAGGCAGUGUUUCAGCCAUGUUAGAAUCAUGCUUGCGCGCGGCAGGACUCUCCGUCGCGAGAUACAAUUCGCCACACUUGAUUGAAGCCCGUCGUGCGAUCGCCAUCAAUGGUCUACCGCCUUCUCGCGAUGUGUACGAUGCCGCAGUCAAGCGAGUGGAGUCUAUCAAUCUGCAGGCCGGGAUUCACGCCACGUUGUUCGAACUUGCCACUGCCGCCGCCUACGCAAUCAUUGACGAGUACAAGCCCGACAUCAUGAUCAUUGAAUGUGGAAUGGGCGGGGAAACAGACGCGACCAAUGUCAUACCUCCCGAGAUGAUUCUCGCUUCUGGUUUGACAGCUGUCGGUUUGGAUCAUACCGAGUUCCUCGGCGAUACGGUGGAGAAAAUCACAGCCGUCAAAGCCGGCAUCGCAGUGUCUGGUGGUCUGCUUGUGGUGGCACCCCAGAGAUUUCAGGGAGUUAUGCCUGUAGCUCAACGCGUCGCUGAGAUCAAAGGUGCGAGGCUUGUGCGGGCUCUCAAGUCUGAACUGGUGAAUCCUCUUGCGAGGCCAAAGGUCUCACUAGAAGCGUUCACCGCUCCUCCACGCAUGCCUAUUCGGACCCCUAUAAAUGGCAGCGUAUUCGAAUCGCAUUUAUCCCUUGCUGGUGCACAUCAAAUGGACAAUGCUUCGUUGGCACUCAACAUUUUACAGGCUAUUCGCUCGGAUUCCAGAGCGAUGGGUAUCCAGCCUAAGCUUAAUCAAUUGACCGAAGAGGCCCUACGCCAAGGCUUGGCAAAUGCUCAAUGGGCAGGUCGAUGCUCUUGGGUCCGAUAUCCCAAUGCUGCAGGACUACCUCUACUAGUCGAUGGGGCUCACAAUGCAGAUUCAGCCAAGACGCUCCGAGCCUAUGUUGACAGCCUCGACCUUGGAUCGGAAGCAUGGCGUACCACGUGGAUCAUUUCAGUUUCUGAUUCGAAAGGCAAAUCUCCCCGGAGUGUCUUGGAACCUCUUCUUCGCAGGGGCGAUCGUGUCAUCUUGACUACGUUCGCAACUCCGGUGGACGGAAUGCCAUGGAUCAAGCCGGUCUUGCCUGACAGUAUGAUGAGCAUCGCGCAAGAUCUUGUCGGAUCCGAAGGCCAAAUCUUGGUCUCCGCUGAUGUUAAGGAAGCGCUUUCUAAGUUGCUUGAGAAGGAUGGCGUUGAGCGACGUGGCUUGACGGUCUUGGGCGGGAGUCUGUACCUGGUUUCUGAUCUGUACAAGUUGCUAGAGGAGAAUAGGAGUGGCUGAGCAUUCUGCCUGGCACAUGCCCAUGUGUGAGACAUCUGCAAUUUGUUGUAAUCUUCUUGGAAAUUGCCAUGCACCCACGUU